AUGGCCUCCUUGUCGUCAACCUCGUCGGCGUGCAGGCAAUGCCUCGCGCGUAUCGCUCUCCCGCGCUCAAGGCCGUUCGCCCGCCUCUUCUCAGCAUCCACAUCGGCACAACCGGCCCUGUCGUCGGCGAAGAGAAUCACAAGAAGCAGAAGGCGCCUGUCGACCAGCGCUCCCAGACCUCAGAUUGCUCAAUUGAGCCGUGACUCGCCCCAAAUCCAACACCGUCCCGAAGACGCCGCCCAGGACCGCAGCCGUGAGCUUCUGCAACCCGAAAACCUGUUCCACUCCUUCACCGACUCGCCCUCCCCUGUCAUCCGCAAGCGCGCCGCCUUCAUCAAGCAGAAUGCCUACUGCCCGCAUCCCGACCACUCGGCUACCCGUCAACCCACCAGCCCCGAUGACAUCGAGGUCAGAGAGACAGGCACCAUGCCUCCCGCACAUGUCCGCUACGAAUGUCCGGAUUGUGGUAUUCCAGUAGCCUGCUGCGAAGAGCAUCUGGCAGACGACUACGAGGCUCAUCUGGCCAUCUGUGAUACCCUUCGCGAGAUCAACGAGGACGACCACGAUCUUGUUUCGGGGCGCUUCUUCCCCGAGUUUGAAUACCCUGGUCCGCAGCUCGACGAAGCUCAGGUCAAUCUGACCAACUGGGAUACCAUGCUGUACUCGCGCGAGUUCAACGCCAUCAACGACGAGCGCAGUCUUCGCCAAGCCACUCGUCUACUCACAUACCCUGCCACUGUCGCUAGUGUGCUCCACGAACUGAGUCCCUACAACGUGCGCAACCGCCUCACCCCAGAGGGUCUCAAGAGUUUGACUGCCCUCCAAUACACGCUGCACCCUCCUCGUUCCGGUGCUGGCGCCGGCAUCAAGGGCCUGCGUCCCACAGCGCCUCCAGUCCGCUUAUUCUGUAUCGGCGCACGCGCAGAAUCGUCCUUGCCGCGCGAGGUAUGGCAGCAACUAGCCUGGCUCUUCNCCCGCUCUACCUUCCACCUGAUCUUCAUCGGUCCGGAAAGUAUGGCCAACCGAGAUGACGAAUACCCUCUUCCUCCCCGCACUCCUCAAAACCCCUUUGGCGCCAUUGUCGAAGACCGCAUCAGCUCGCAGUUAAAGGUUACUACUUACGUCGAGUAUUUCCACACCUUGCACAACGCCCAAGCCUUUUACCCAUAUGACCCCUACUUCGACGCCUUUGUUCUGUUCCAUCCUGGUCUAGGCCACCCUGCCAGCUCUCACGAAUGGCAAGACACUAUCCGCCCGCUAUUGGACACUAAGGUGCCAAUUAUUGCCACGGGAUACACCGACUACGAUAUGAAGCGCGACAUCGAGUGGGUGCGCAACACCGUUGGCGACGAGAUGGAUAUUCUGCUCCAGCCGGGCGAGAACCGUUUCCGCAGUCUUCGCUGGGACCUCAACGACCUCGAUCCUCAAGACGUCAGCGCCGGCAACUGGGGUGUCUGGGCUUUCAGAGGCAAGAGAUACGAGACCCAAAUGCGCGACUCGUAA